AGCACUCAAUUUUUUCAAAUUAUUAUUAUCGCUAUUAUCCAAAUUUGACGUUUCCACCCAACCUUAAUUAAUUAUACAUUCUUAUAACACAAAUACCACCGUCUAUCUCCUCUCAACCACCAAAACAAAAACACACACAAUACCAGGAAAACAUGAGUCAGUGUGUUCCUAAUUGGGACCUCUCCGAACCGCCGUCCUCCGCCGCCGCCGAUCGUCCCUCUUUCCACUCCUCAUCCGCCGCUGACGACGUCGUUCCCAUGUUUGAGUAUGAAGUGGCGGAGCUGACAUGGGAAAAUGGGCAAUUGGCUAUGCAUGGUAUGGGGCUGCCGAGGGUCACCGGCAAGAUUCAGAACGGCGGCGGCGGCGGCGGCGGCGCUGGUGGUGGUUUUAAGUACACGUGGGAUAAUAAGCCGGCACGUGCGAGUGGCACGCUUGAGUCUUUGGUGAACCAAGGAACUCGCCAUGGUAAGAAUAUUGGUUUUGAUAUUAACGCCGACGACACCGAUCACGACGGUGUUGCCAAUGAUUUGGUGCCGUGGUUUUCCGACCACCAUAGGCAAACGCCGACGGCUUCGGCCGCGACGGCUAUGGACGCGAUGGUUCCAUGUGACGGCGACAAGGCGGCGGCGGCGGUUGGUGGCGCCGGCAAGUCGACGGUGGAGUCGAGUGAUAUUCCUGUGGCAGCGCGUGAGGGGGACGAGGAUUGUAGAGUGAUCCAUGGGAAACGAGGAAGGGUAGUGGCGCGUGUGGUUCACGCGUCGAGGGAGUGGAGUGGCUGCCGGAAUCAGAUCAGCGUGAGUGGCAGCCGGGAAAAUGGCCAGAAAGCGAGAUUGAACACUCGCGAUAGGAAUUUCGCCGCCGUGGACGGCCGCGUAGGGUUCACUGCCACCACCGCCACGUCACAAGGGUCGCUUGAUACGAGCUCCGAUAUGGUGUGCGUUAAAAACACCACCAUCACCACCACCGACGACCAUGAUUCUGUCUGCCAUAGCACACAUCAGGUGGAAGAAGAAGAGGAUGAGGGAGACAGAAAGAAAGAGAAUGCCAAAUCCUCAGUUUCUACCAAAAGAAGUAGGGCUGCAGCAAUACAUAACCAAUCCGAACGUAAAAGGAGAGAUAAGAUUAACCAAAGGAUGAAGACAUUGCAAAAGCUAGUCCCAAAUUCCAAUAAGACGGACAAAGCUUCAAUGUUGGAUGAAGUAAUUGAAUAUUUGAAGCAAUUGCAAGCUCAAGUACAAAUGAUGAGUAGAAUGAACAUGCCACUGAUGCUACCGAUGGCGAUGCAGCAACAACUUCCAAUGGCGUCGUUAAUGGCCCCGAUGGGGUUAGGAAUGGGCAUGGCGGGAAUGGGAAUGACUUUGGGAAUGGACCAUUUGAACAUGAUGGCAAGUCGCUCUGGCCUCGCCACCGGGAUGUCUCCGCUCCUCCAUCCGACCGCCUUCAUGCCUAUCCCAACAUGGGAUGGAGGCACCUGUGACCAUCUUCAACAUUCUCCGACCACCAUGAUUGUAGACCCCUUCUCGACAUUUCUUUCAUGUCAACCACAGCCUAUAACAAUGGAAGCAUACAAUAGAAUUGCCACGAUGUUUCAGCAACUGCAUCAACAGCCACCCACGGUGGGUGGCUCCAAGAACUAAAUUCAAUUCAACAUCUUCAAAUAAUCUUUUUUAGAAGUUGUGUGUGAUAAAAUCUUGUGUUCAAUUGGAUUUAGGAAAAAAAAAUAAAAUAAAAAGAAGGGAAAAUGUAAAGUACACAAUAGUUGUGUUGAACUUUGGAGUUAAAGAGUAUUUAUUAUUGGAGUAUAUUUUCUUUCACUCUC